AUGAUUUCCAAUUGGAUUCACCAAAUGCUCAAAAACCGACAUCUCUUCUCGACAUUGCGUCAAGCGGCGAUUAGGAAAUUGUGUGUUUGUGGAUGCCCCCAAGGGGGAGUCUUAUCACCACUUUUAUGGAAUCUCGUAGCAGAUACGCUAUUGAGGCAACUCAAUAAUAGCGGUUUUCUUACUUAUGGUUUUGCCGACGACUACCUAACAUUGUUAGUCGGUAUGUGCAUCAGCACCCUUUUCGACCUGAUGCAAAACGCUCUUCAGGUAGUUGAGGGUUGGUGUCGCCAAUAUGGCCUUUCGGUAAAUCCGAGUAAAACAUCUAUUGUUCUUUUCACGGAAAAGCGAAACCGUAAUGGUGUUCGAACUUUACGUCUCUUUGAUUCUGAAAUCAAUGUGACUGAACAGGUAAAGUACGUUGGAGUCAUUCUUGAUUCCAAGCUUUCCUGGACACCUCAUGUUGAGUUCAGAAUCAAGAAAGCUUGUAUGGCCUUCGGGCAAUGCCGGCGAACCUUUGGUACAACUUGGGGUCUAAAACCCAAGUAUAUCAAAUGGAUCUACACAACUGUUGUUCGGCCAAUAUUGGCCUAUGGAUGUCUUGUGUGGUGGCAAAAGGGCGAAGUGAGAACGGUCCAAUCAAAGUUAGGCCAUCUCCAAAGGAUGUGCUUAAUGGCGAUGUCUGGAGCGUUCUCUUCAACUCCCACGGCAGCGCUCGAAGUUCUCUUUGACGUUGCCCCACUACACAUUCAUCUCAAACAAGAAGCACUUUCUUGCACUUACCGCCUAUGGGUACUCGGUUUACUAGAGGAAACUCCUGUGAACCGCAGUUCAACACACACCUCGUUGUUUCCACUUUUGGUGAAUUGGGACAAAGUUGUCCUUGCUCCAAGUGAUCUUACAAUUGCUUGUAAUUUUCCAUAUAGGACAUUUUCCACGAAAUUCCCUUCCCGGGAAGAGUGGACAUCUGGUUAUCAGGAGAGAAGUAUUUCAGACGGCAUCGUAUGUUACACUGAUGGCUCCCUUCUCGAAGGUCGAGCAGGUGCUGGUGUUUAUUCUCGUGAGCUAAGGCUGUAUCAGUCUUAUUCACUUGGCAGACACUGCACCGUUUUUCAGGCCGAAAUCUUUGCUCUUAUGUGCGGAGUGCAAUCAGCACUUCAGCAGCACGUAAUGGGCAAAGUAAUAUACUUCUGUUCAGAUAGCCAGGCUGCUAUUAAAGCACUUGCUUCGGCCAACUCCAGGUCGAAGAUAGUUAUCGCUUGUCGAACUCAAAUUGAGGAGCUGAAUUCAGCAAACGCUGUUCACCUUGUAUGGGUACCUGGCCAUUCUUCCAUCGCUGGAAAUGAAUUGGCUGAUGAGUUAGCUCGCACUGGAGCAUCACAUGACUUCAUUGGCCCUGAGCCAGCUAUUCCGGUAUCCAAGUGUUGGGUGAAGCUUCAGAUUGACACCUGGGCUGCCACUCAGCACAAACAAUACUGGAAUAGUUUGGAGUCAUGUCGUCAAACAAAAUUGUAUUGUACUGAGCCAUCUCUAGGGGUGGCAAAGUAUCUAACAAAUCUGUCAAAGCAGAAUUGCAGCAUGCUGGUCAAAGCAUUGACUGGCCACUGCCGACUCAGUUAUCACAUGGCGAAUAUUCAGCAAGCUGAUUCAUUUGCAUGUGAUAGCUGUGAAUCCGAUUAUGGAACUUCGUAUCAUUUAAUAUGUAACUGUCCAGUUUUUGCGCAAUUGCGUUUCCGAGUACUCGGGAAACACUUAUUAAGUGAAACUGACUUCAGAAACCUGAAUCUUCAGGACGUUCUGUUGUUCUUGACCCGCUGUGGUAAAGAGCUAUAGGCUCUCUUUACGCUUUAUGCAUUAUCACAGUGCCCUUCUCAGGGCGCUGUUCGAACCCAUUGUGGCACGCUUAUGCGUUAUUACAGUGUCCUUUUCAGGACGCUAUGUGAACCCAUUGUGGUACGCUCUUGCGAGUAUGACGAUCCUAUUCCCUUACCUGUCCUUUCCCAUGUCCUAUCCUUUUUCCUUCCCUUCUCCGUCAGGUAAAUGAUGAAUAGGCUCGUGUUCAUGGCGAUGGCACAAAUUUCCCGAAUGGAGGAGAACGUGCCUCUAGAGCCGACCUACUGAUACCUGAUACCUG